AUGGAAGCAAACUCGGGUCACAGAGGUUGGUUGGCUAGACCAUCAGCUAGAAGUAGGGGUUUCGAACCCCAAAACCCCCACUCCCACAACACCACAAAAACCCCAGAAGACAAGGCUGCCAACCCCACAAGAGCUCAUACCCCACUACAAGUCCAGGGCCUGGACUCCCAGGAGGCCUCCCUGAAGGUCAUAGGUGACCUACAGACCACCCUCUUUAAGGUCAUAUCCUCCGACAGAGGCAGAAAGGACAAGAUUUUGGCCGAGACGUCAAGGAAAAUUGACAGCACCAACAAUAUCCUUGCAAUUCUGAACAUGAAGGUUGACUCAAAGCCUGGAUUUGGUGAAACUUUUGGAAUUGGGGUUGCUUCUGGGGUCACUUUGAAGGGCAUUGAGACUGUCCUGCCCCAUGUGAUUAGGGGCUUUUGGGAGAUUUGGAACACUGUUAGGAGUGCCACUAAGGAUUUUGCUUGA